GAGAAAUAAAUGGGAGAAACAGAGUAUACUUUUUGGGGAAAUGGAAGCUGUCCUCCCCGACGAUGAACUCCAUAUGAGCAGCACGGGCGAGGCGAGUACCGGCGGGAGCGCCAGUGCAGGCGCCCCGUCGAACAGCCACGGAGGAAACCCCAUCAGUAGUAAUAGCGGUGAAAAAAAAAAUAAGAAAAAUGAAACGAGCAAAGACAGCUGUUUCAACAAAACUGUUCUCUGUGAUGUAAAGCCAAGCAGCAACAUCAGCAGGGAAUUUUCCGUGGACAAAAAAAUGAAAAAUUAUGAAUUUGAGAUUGACAGCCCCUUGUUCCCAGACGAAAAAGGAAUCAAUGGAUACCGUAACAAAUGUGAGUUCACCAUUUCGUAUGACGAAAGUAACAAUGUCGAAAUUGGUUUUGUCACUGGGAAGAUGAGAACGGAUGUUAAUGACACAGGUGAGGAUAAAAACGGCACCGAUGAUAACAACUGCAACUUUAGCGAACACAAUAUAAGCAACAGCGCCUCUCCCUUGAACGAGUCCCAGAGCACAAAGCUGAGGAACAAAAAGCAGAAGCAGGCGUACUAUUUGAACCCCAUCGUUAAGAGCGUCGAGAACUGCGUGCACAUUCAUCCCUGCAUGAAGCAGGUAGUGCAGGAGGUGAAGAGCAUAAUUAAGGAUUCCAGUUACCCGGUCUUCGACAGGGUGUACAAAACAGGCGUUUGGAGAAUCCUCGUCGUGCGCUUCAACAGCCAGAAGGAGCUGAUGAUCACCGUGCAGACGUACUCACUAGAUCAAAAGAAAAAAAAGGAAAUCAAAAAGCUGCUGAUAAAUAGACUCACGAAGAAGAAGGACGAAGCGUGCAUGAGCUUCUCCGACUAUAAAGUUGUUUCGCUUUAUCUACAGGAGCAUGAAAAUUCAAAUGACUCAACAAACCAGUCCCCAAAUGAACACCUAUGGGGAGUGGAAUACUUGGAGGAAAUAAUCCUAAAGAAUCGUUUCUUAUUAACACCAUCCUGUUUUUUUCAAGUAAAUCAUACCAGCUGUGAAAUUCUAUACAAGAGGGUCAUUGAUUACAUCAAUAUAAGUGAGAAAAAAAAAAACUAUAUAUUUGACUUGUGCUGUGGCACGGGCACCAUAAGUAUUUGUGCUGCAAAUGAGCUGAAGGGGAAAGAUGUGCACAUCGUCGGAAUCGAUAUUUGUGAAGAUAGCAUUAUUUGUGCAAAUAAAAAUGCGGAAGUGAAUAAAAUUAAAAAUUAUAAAUUUAUUCAAGGGAGAGUGGAAGAAUUAUUUGCAAAUGAAAUUAAAAACGUGUCUGAAAAGAAUUCCAACGUGAUAGUUAUUGUAGACCCCCCGAGAAGUGGCUUAGCGAAUAGCGUGCUUAACAUUUUAAGCUCCAACAAACUGAUUGGGCAGAUCAUUUACGUUUCGUGCAAUCCAAUCACUCUGAUUAGCAACGUAACACAUGUUUUGUUUCAAAACGAAAAUCUGAAAAUCAAAAAUCUCGUCUUUGUGGAUAUGUUCCCCCAUACUUUCCACCUGGAGUGCAUCACAAAUAUAGUGAAGGGGUAG